AUGAGAAACGUACUUUCAGUAGGCAGUCUUUGCCUCGCAUUGCAAGCCUCACUUGUUUCUUCUAGUGAACACAUGCCAGUUGCCACCACCACAGCCACCAUUGUCGAGGAAGCUACUACUGCUACUACUAAUACUGUUCAAGCAACACUCAACAAUAAGGAAAUGCGAGAUUUCAUCAUGCAACGACGCGGAAAAAUGCGUCCCUUUGAUGAAUUCAUGAAGGAUCACGGGGAACUCUUUUUGCCUCGUCCUGGCGUAUUUUUUCAAGAAGAGCAAGAAGACGAAGAAGCAUUCUUUGCCUCGGAAGACCGCGACUUGCAAGCCUUGUCAGGACAACGCAUCACGCGUUCGGAUUAUUGCCGAGACUUGUCUACGGUGGAAAGUUUUUUGGAACGAUCCUUUUUGGAGGCUUACGAUGAUUUGAACGUCAAGCUUUCACUCAAUUAUGAAUGCAAUUGUACCAUGUUGGGAAUCAAUUGGCAAUUGGCGUGUGGAGCCGAUUAUUACGGCAACAAGGCCUAUUACGGAUCCAACAUUGAGUCCGCUGUCUUUAGUCUCGGAGGCGAUGGAUUGUAUCGCAUGGUCCAAGCGAGCUGGGGUGAUUCGGAAUAUGGAGAUGAAUUUGAUGCUCAAGAAACGUACUUUAUGGAAGAUGGUAACGGUACUGUCACUCAAUGCCAAGGUAAUGGCUGUGGCAACUGUACCGUCUGCGAUGGCGGAGAGUACAUUGCCAUGGACUGUCCACUGGAAGAAGAUGCCUUGGCCUAUGCGGUUACCUGUGAUGAUGGAUACAUGGGAUCCUUCCUCUCACAGUACUACUUUGGACCCAUUUCCGAAAACGCCACUUCCAAUGCCUUGGGCAGUUACCAAUCGCACUUGGAAUUUUGCGCCAACAUGACUCAUUUGGAAACCUUUAUGAAUUCAUACUUUCAAGAUGUCUUUUUUGCUUCGGAUCCAAACGUUCAAAUCAGUUUCAAGUGUCAUUGCAACGAUCAAGACAUUAACUUGUACUUGAAGUGUACCGGUCCAUACACCUAUCUCGGCACUCAGGGUAUUUCCAGAGACUCGGCGCACUUUGAAGCCCGCAAUGGUGUCUACGAACUCAUCAAGACUUCUUGGGGGGAUACCAACUUUGGUACCAUCGAAGAUGAUCAAGAAGAAUUCUUUUAUCAGAAUGGACGAUUGAUUGGAUGCCGAUAUGCUGAUUGUUUGUCCUGUCGUAUCUGUGCCGAUGGCUUGAGCGCGAGAUGCGAAGAUGUCAGUUUGGGGGACGAUACUUGCUACGAACCAGGUGCCUUUACUUCCGUUUAUGAUUAUGGAACCAUUGUGGUGGGCAUUCCACAAUUGGCAGCGGGGGAUCGAGACUUUGGGUCUCGUCCAACGGCUUCUGCUCAUGGAAUGUCUACUGCAUGGGCAAUGGCAACCACCAUGUUGGUGCUAGUGGUUGGUUCCCUCUGGUAA